AUGCCCGAGGUGGUUUCCAUCUCCCAUCCCUCCUUCACACCCUCCACCCACUCUAGGAACAAAGCCCCCACCCCACCCACCUCCCCAGUCAUCUUGCAAUUGAACGUUGCCAACGGACGGAGGAUCGCCCGCGUAUCCCUUUCCCAGCACCCUCGCGUGAACCCGAAGGAACUUCCUCGCACGUCCACUUGUCGAGGAAUUCGGAACAAAUGCGAACGCGAAGGCCCUCUUCUGACUCCGAGCCGGUGCUACUGCUCUACUUCCCCAACUACCAACUACCCAGCUACUGUACUCGCGAAUCCGAUCGGGCUCUAUAUACUGAUACGCGUCAACCGUGUCCUGACUCGUUACAAGUACACCAACGCCGAGCUAUUAAAUCCAGCCUCUGGGGCAAGACCCAUGGCACCAGCUCGUUCUUCUAACCGCCGUGCAGCCCAGCCGCCACCAGCACCGCAAACUAACCAUGACCUCCAUAACGAUGACCCCAAUAUCAACACCGAGCUCUUUGUUGACCCCAUGCUCGGCACUGCCCUCGCCGUGUACAUCGAGAAGGACGUGGAGGAUAAGGAGUUGAUCUCACAGCUUAUAAUUAAACAUGGGGGCACCAUUUCACCAGGAUAUAGCGGCGUCCCAUACAUUCUGGUCGAUCCACACAAACCCUCAGGUCAAAACUUAUGGAGACAAUAUGCCGGAAAGAAAGGGAAAAUUAUCCUUGAUGCGCGUUGGGUCCAAGAAUGCGUGAAGGCUAAUCAACUACACAAUUUUCACACCAAUUGGGCGGGGUGCAAAGUGACAGGAACGGAAACUGUGUAUCAGACUCCUCGAGAGCCCGAGGAACCACCAAAUCCCCCGCCACAGCCGCCUCCUCCCAUGCCUCAACACCCAAUACACCCUGGGAUGCCACCGGUUCAAGGUCUCCACGCGUACCCAUUCCAAGUAUACGCGCCGCCACCGAUGCAACCACAGCCUGGGCCUCCUCCGCGUGAGAUGGCAGGUGCUCAGCAACAGUGGCAAGUAACCAUCGCGCCGGCUCAGGCUCACCUUCAUGCACCACCACCUGGUGCUGGACAUCCGCAGGAUCUCAAUCGACCGCCGCCUCCACCCCCUUCUCAACCUCAUCAGCAAUCUUAUCGCGAUGAUGCGUGGGAUGGGUAUAACACACCCGACGAGAUGGCCGCGCAGCCUGCUGCGUACGAGUACAGGUACAGAGAGGACCAGAACAACUGGGUUCCUACUCCUGGCCCGUACUAUGAUCCGGCAUACGAGCAGGGAUACGGCCAGCAACCUUACAUGGAAGACCCAGAGCAGUCGUCUGGCUCCAACUCUGUUUCAGGGCAGCUUCCUCCAGGACCCAUUGCUGGUCCUUCGGGUGCAGCCGACGGCGCAGAUCCCGCAGAGAGGACUCGUGGUCGCAAACGGACGAGAACUCAGCCCGUUCCUGCCGCCCCAGCGGCCUCUUUGGUGGUGAACCGCAACCCUCCUGCUCGGUCUCCGACGCCACCUAGUCGCGUCAUCAAGAGCACGUAUGGUGGAAACCUCUUCACAGCGGAUGAUGUCGUUUAUCUCAAGAAGUACAUCGAUUAUUGCCAAGAUCAAUGCCUCGUUCUCAGCCUGCGAGAGAUCUGCGAGAGAGUGGCAGUCAAGGCGCCGCACCACACGUUCUACUCGUGGCGGCGGUACUGUAAUAAGCACCAAAUCCGGCUGGGCGGGUAUGCGAUGAACAAUGACCGCUCAGAGUCGCCGGGACUUGGGGACGACCUCAACCUCGACAUAGAAGGCACCUCGACGCGGAUGGACCCCUCGCCCAAUGUCUCUCGCCUUGAUAUAAACUCCGCCAUGGCAGCAGCUGCAGCAGCGCCUUUACGGAAUCGCUCUCCGACGCCGCCACGUGCAUUGUACAGGAGCACGACUGGCAAGGGUGUUGCGUUCACGCAAGAGGACGUCACGUUCUUGAUAAGAUUUAUGAAUUACAGAAAGAGCCAGGGUACGCUGGACAUGGUUGCAUUUUGGAAGGAUGUCGCUGCCAAGGCUCCACACCACUCUCGAGCGUCCUGGAUGAAGUUCUGGCGUCGACACAAGCAUGAAAUGGAGCGUUCCGAGGCGGAUGAACCGCUGCCUGCGCAUCCGGACAAGAAGAUGCGAUAUAGCAAGGACGACGACAUCCUUCUCGCGAAGCAUUUCUAUCAUAAGCCGGACGGAACGUCGGACAAGAUCUUCCAGGCAUUCGCGCGCCAGCAUUCGCAUCAUCCGUGGAAAGGCUGGCAAGAGCAUUAUCGGAUACACAAGGCGAAGAUCGAGCAUCUUAUGCAGUUGAUCGCGAACGGAGAGAACUUGGAUUCGCAGGAUAUGGAUGAGAGUUAG